AUGUUAGAGAAUGAGACGAUUACCGCCGGAGGAUUUCCAAACCUCCGAGACGCCGUGUGCUUGGAUGGGCACGCCACAAAUCCAUUCCAAACCGGAGUUCCAAACCGGAGUUCCAAACCGGAGUUCCAAACCCGAGUUCCAAACCCGAGUUCCAAACCCGAGUUCCAAACCCGAGUUCCAAACCCGAGUUCCAAACCCGAGUUCCAAACCCGAGUUCCAAACCCGAGUUCCAAACCCGAGUUCCAAACCGCGGGUUCUAAACCCAAGUUCCAAAACUCGAGUCCCAAAACCCGAGUCCCAAAACCCGAGUCCCAAAACCCGAGUCCCAAACCUUCGAGUCCCAAACCUUCGAGUCCCAAACCUUCGAGUCCCAAACCUUCGAGUCCCAAACCUUCGAGUCCCAAACCUUCGAGUCCCAAACCGCGAGUCCCAAAACGCAAGUCCCAAACCCAGAGUCCCAAACCCGAGUUCCAAACCCGAGUUCCAAACCGCGAGUUCCAAACCCGAGUUCCAAAACUCGAGUCCCAAAACCCGAGUCCCAAAACCCGAGUCCCAAAACCCGAGUCCCAAACCUUCGAGUCCCAAACCUUCGAGUCCCAAACCUUCGAGUCCCAAACCUUCGAGUCCCAAACCGCGAGUCCCAAAACGCAAGUCCCAAACCCAGAGUCCCAAACCCGAGUUCCAAACCCGAGUUCCAAACCGCGAGUUCCAAACCCGAGUUCCAAAACUCGAGUCCCAAAACCCGAGUCCCAAAACCCGAGUCCCAAACCUUCGAGUCCCAAAACCCGAGUCCCAAACCUUCGAGUCCCAAACCUUCGAGUCCCAAACCUUCGAGUCCCAAACCUUCGAGUCCCAAACCGCGAGUCCCAAAACGCAAGUCCCAAACCCCGAGUCCCAAACCCGAGUUCCAAACCCGAGUUCCAAACCGCGAGUUCCAAACCCGAGUUCCAAAACUCGAGUCCCAAAACCCGAGUCCCAAAACCCGAGUCCCAAAACCCGAGUCCCAAACCUUCGAGUCCCAAACCUUCGAGUCCCAAACCUUCGAGUCCCAAACCGCGAGUCCCAAAACGCAAGUCCCAAACGCCGAGUCCCAAACCCCGAGUCCCAAACCCCGAGUCCCAAACCCCAAAAUAA